GUAGAAAGAAACAACUAACACUCAGAGGAGGCGAAACUCAGAGAGAGAGAGAGAGAGAGAGAGAGAGUCAGGGAGGCCACAAAACCCUAAUCCGAGAGAGAGAGAGAGAGAGAGAGAGAGAGAGGGAGAGGGGGCCUAAAAACCCUAAUCCUAGGCUCCACCGUAAACAACCGCGCGCCACCAUGGAAGGCGAAGACGACGCAUCGGCGCAGAUGAUCGACGAGAUCUACGCCAACGGCGGCGACGAUGCCCGGCGCCACAGGCCAAUCAUCAGUGGCGAGCAGCUCGACAUCGAAGCGUACGCCGCACUCUACAGCGGCCGGACCAAGAUCAUGCGGCUUCUUUUCAUCGCCGACCACUGCGACAACAACGUUUCGAUGCAGCUGGAGGCGCUGCGAAUGGCGUACGACGAGAUCAAGAAGGGCGAGAACACACAGUUGUUCCGAGAAGUUGUUCAGAAGAUCGACGGCCGGUUGGGCCCCAAUUACGGUCCCGACCCGGCUUGGACUGACGCUGUUGAUCGCAGGGCCGAACAGAGGAAGGAUAAGCUCGAGAAUGAACUCAAUGCUUAUCGGACAAAUUUGAUAAAGGAAAGCAUUAGAAUGGGAUACAAUGAUUUUGGUGAUUUUUACUAUGCUCGUGGUGCACUUGGAGAUGCAUUUAAAAAUUAUGUUCGCACUCGUGACUAUUGUACAACAUCAAAACACAUUAUUCAUAUGUGCCUGAAUGCUAUUUUGGUCAGCAUAGAGAUGGGUCAGUUCACACAUGUUUCAAGCUAUGUUGGAAAAGCUGAGCAAAAUCCUGAUGCACUGCUUCCUAUUACGGUUGCAAAGUUACGAGCUGCUGCUGGAUUGGCUUUAUUGGAAGCUAAAAAAUACAAGCUAGCUGCUCGAAAGUUCCUGGAAACUGGUCAUGAAUUGGGGAACAACUACACAGAGGUUAUUGCACCACAAGAGAUUGCAACAUAUGGUGGACUUUGUGCACUUUCAAGUUUUGACAGAACAGAGCUGAAGAAUAAAGUUAUAGACAAUCUCAACUUCCGGAAUUUUUUAGAGUUGGUACCUGAAGUGAGGGAGCUUAUUCAUAACUUCUAUUCUAGCCAUUAUGCCUCGUGUCUGGAUUACCUUGGGAAUCUCAAAGCAAAUCUUAUGCUUGAUAUCCAUUUGCACGACCAUGUUGAGACAUUAUAUAAUGAAAUCCGUCACAAAGCUCUCAUCCAGUAUACUCAUCCCUUUGUGUCAGUUGAUCUCCGGAUGAUGGCUAAUGCUUUUAAAACAAGUGUUGCAGGGCUUGAGAAAGAACUCGAAGCCCUAAUUACUGACAACCAAAUACAGGCUCGUAUUGACUCCCACAACAAAAUUCUCUAUGCACGACAUGCGGAUCAGAGGAAUGCCACCUUCCAGCGUGUUCUACAGACUGGCAGUGAAUUUGAUCGGGACGUGAGGGCGAUGCUGUUGAGAUCAAGCCUUAUUAAGCAUGAAUAUAACCUUAGGGCGAGGAAACUUUAGACUUGUGAAUGAUGAAAAUUAAAAACCCUAGGUGUGGUCAAAUUGUGUUGGGCUGGGUGAAGUUCUGUUGUCAAUUAGAUCAUUGAAAUUUUCUGGGAAGAAAACGAAGAAAUGCUGGUGGGGAAUACAGGAUAUAUGUUGCUACAAUCAUCACCCCAUGAUUUAAGAGAGUUUCGGUUGUUUAUGUACUCACAAAA